AUGAAAAAAGAAUUAAAAAGUAUAUUAAAAGAAUGCACAAAUGCUGAUCAGACAGCGCAGGAAGUUGCAAAAGGUUGGUGUAUUGCUAAUGGGAAAUGUGGACAGAAUAAACGAUCAGGGAUCGAUUGUUUCACUUUUUAUUAUUGGCUAGGAAAUAUAGUAUCCGAAAACUUAAAGGAAAAGAAGGAAUUGUUUUCGAAUAUUAUGAGGGACAUUUAUAAUAAUGGAGGUGUAGGAACGAAAGGUAUAUGUUCUGAUAUGUGUCCUAAAAUAAACAAAGAAGAUUUCAAGAAAUUAAUGGAAGUAUAUAAUUACACAAAAAUUUAUAAUAUCAUUAAUUCUAGGGUAAGGAUGCAUCGCGGAAUAUAUAAGGAAGCAUGCAGGAAGUAUCUGAAGGGUAUUGAAAGAACAUAUGAAAGUUUAAAUAUACCCUGCACGAAGGAACGAUAUAGUGGUAGCCACUGUGAGGAACUUAACAAUAUGUUCCAUAGAGGAAGAACAGUUAAGAAGCCGUCAGAAUUAGGAAAAGAAAUAUUUGGGAAAGAGUGGAAUUGGCCAGUUCUGGGAAACUACAACAACAGCAGCAACAACAGCAGCAACAACAGCAAAAACAGCAGCAACAACAGCAACAACAACGGCAACAACAACAACAGCAACAACAACAGCAACAACAACAACAGCAACUACAGCAACAAUUAG